AUGGCGUACAAGAAAGUUGCUACUAGUAAGAGCUUGCCUCCAUUACCCCGUUUGAAAAUCAGAAAACCAACUAUUACUAAAAGCACCAAUGAAUGCAUGGUGUUAAUGUCUUCAUUGUUAAACUGCUGGGCAGCAAAUGGUGAAGGAUCAUCGCAGUGCACCAGUUUUGAACAUGAUUUGAAAAACUGUAUGGAAGUUUAUAAACCAAAGAAAGAGAACUUAAGUUCAAUAAAUUACCAUGCUUCCAGGUUGUAUCCAAAAUUGAGAGGGAAAGUCAAUGAUUAA